AUUUACGCUGCGGUUAACGCGUGUUUGGAGGCAAGGCGCUCGAGCAGAUGUGGUCAUUUAUUAGAUGAAGAUGUCUCAGCAAUCCACAAAUCCAACUUCUUCACUCCUGGUUCUUCGGUCAGAGUCGCAUAAUCAAAGCAUCCUGAGUAAAUUUGACCAUCUCAGGAAAAGAGACCUGCUGUGCGACGUCACUCUGGUCGUGGAAGAUAUGCACUUCAAGGCGCACAGGGCCCUGCUGGCUGCCAGCAGUGAGUACUUCACGCUCAUGUUUGCGGCAGGCCCUCAGGAAGGUCAGGACCUCCAGGCCUUCUACCAGCUGGACGGCGUGGCGGCGCAGACGUUCGCCGCGGUGCUGGAGUUCAUCUACAGCUCCCAGGUGUCGGUGGAUCAGAGCAGCACUCAGCACCUGCUGGCCGCCGCUCGUCUCCUGGAGGUCAGCGAUCUGGUGGACAUGCUCACUGACCUCACUGCAGCAGAGGUCAGAGGUCACGCCGGGGACGUCGGCGUGUUGAAACCCAAACGAGGACGACCGAAGAAGGAUGCGGGUGUGCCCGACCCGAAGCUAAGAGGGCAGGCGGCGCAGAGUGAGAGCUCGGAGGACGGGAUCCUCGGAGAUUUGGUGGAGACUCAAAUCACAGACGAUGCAGACUUUAACCCGGAGGAGCACAACAGUCGACAGAGCAAACGCAAGAUCCGACCCCCGGUCAAAUAUAAAGGCUACAAGGUGGGCAAGGAUGUAGCGGUGAGCAAAGAGACGGGGAAGAGAGGCAGAAAGAAGAAAUACCCCAACACUGAGCCUCGUUGUGAGGAGUGUGGGAAAGUGUUUAAGAACCACCCCUUCUUAAAGAUCCACCAGAGGACUCACACAGGAGAGAAGCCUUUCCAGUGCACUGACUGCGGGAAGAGUUUCACCCAGAAACACACCCUGCUGGAUCACCAGCGCAUGCACACCGGGGAAAAGCCGUUUGUGUGCAGCGUCUGCUCCAAAGCACUUUCCACCAAACACUCCCUGCAGGAGCACAUGAACCUGCACAGAGAGGAAAAAUCCUUUGACUGUGAUAAAUGUGGAAAGAGCUUUACUCAGAAGAGGCAGCUGAAAAGCCAUUACAGAGUUCAUUCAGGGAAGUCCUUACCGGAGUGCGCUCAGUGUCACCGUAAGUUCAUGGAUACAGCUCAGCUGAAGAAACACGUCAGAACUCACACAGGUGAGAAGCCGUUCACCUGUGACAUUUGUGGCAAAUGUUUUACGGUCAAAAGCACUCUGCAGACCCACAUCAGGAUUCACAGAGGUGAGAAGCCGUACAACUGCAACAUCUGCAACAAGUCGUUUUCGGACCCCAGUGCUCGACGGCGCCACGUCGCCUCCCACUCAGGGAAGAAACCCUUCACCUGCUCCUUCUGCAGCCUGUCGUUCACGCGCCUGGACAACCUGAAAACACACACCAAGUCCCACAGCAAGGAGCGAGCGGCGCCGGCGGAGGCCUCCUCAGAGGAGACGGCGGCGGCGGACGCACCGGCGCAGCACGAGGAGGUUCGAAACCUCCUGCAGCUGCAGCAGUACCAGCUGCCCCCCGGCUCGGGGCAGGAGAUCCAGCUGGUGGUGACGGCCGACGUGGACAACAUCAACUUCGUGCAGGCUCAGGAGCAGGAGAUCAGCCUCAUCAGCACGGAGGGGGAGGCGGCGCCGUCCGCCCAGUCCAGACUCACCCUCCUCACCCCGCCGUCCGGACACCUGCAGAACGUGGCUCUGGUCACCGAGGGCGAGGUGGUGGACCCCCAGAUCCACGCCAUCGGCAUGCUGGAGGGGCCGCUGUCGCAGCCGUCCGAGCAGAUGCACGUCAUCACUCUCAGCAAGGAGGCGAUGGAGCAACUGCAGGUGCAGCACGGCCCCCCGCAGCCGCUGCAGCUGGCGCAGCGGGCCGUCCAGCAGCUGCAGGUCAUGCACCAGCCCGUCCAGCAGGUGGCGCUGGCCCAGGAGAGCCCCGCUGGGCAGGUGGGCAGGGGGCAGCACGGCCGGGCCAUUCACAUCAGCAGCCAGAGCAGCCAGCCCAUCUCCAUCAGCCAGACCAGCGAGCAGCUCUCCGGACACCACAUCCAGGGACAGACCUUCCAGAUCCAGGCGGGGACCGUGUCCUACCUGUACACCACCGGGCUGCCGCAGGACAGCUGAGCAGGCCGGGACCAGCAGGGCCGAGACCAGGACUCUCAUUUCAUCAUGUGUUUAAAGCAGUGAUCGAAUGUUGGGCCCCCCUCUGUCAUCUCCAUUUUUACCUGGAAAGACAUCCAGUAGCACCGUAUUGUGACAUUUUCAGAUUUUUAUGAGAAAAUAUUUUACAUUUCGAUAUUUUAUCUCCUUUUUACUGCUGUUUUUUUGAGGGCGCAGAUAAACAUUUGAAGUUGGCCAGUACUGAACUUUUUACUCAUAUUUGAAAGCCAAAACUUAAAUCUGAUAUUAUUUACACUCCUGAUGCAUCCUCCAUCCAGCUUCUUUCCUGCUUUGUCCAUAUGGAAUCACGGUCCUCUGUAACUUCCUCCAGCUCUUCUGGAGGGACUCCCAAGUCGCUCCAAGACCAAACCAGUGACAUAAUCUCUCCAGCGAGUCCUGGGACGACCUCUGGACUCACCUGGUUAACCUCCAGUGAGAGCAGGAAGUGACCAGGAGAGCAUCUUAAUCAGAGGCCCAGACCACUUUAACCGACCCCUCUCACUGUGGAGAUAUCACAUAAAUAUGAUGCACACAUUCCUUAAAUCUGCCUUAAUACCUGAGAUAAAGAGGAAAGAUUUACAGUUGAAUGUAGAGCUUGGAAACACAGUGAUGUAGCGGUUCUCACUCCUGUCUCACAGAGAGAAAAGCCCCAGUUUGACUCAAGGUUCUAGAGUUUGCCUGUUCUAAAAAGAAAAAAUAUAUAUAUUCCUGAAUUUAAUUAAGGCAUUUUUAUCAUGCCAUAAAGCAAAGGUGAUUUGACACCAGCCUCACUUCUGCUUCUGGAUCAAGUGAUCUAAACAAAUACUCCUGCAAACCUCUAAACUGAACUUUACUCUUAAAAAAGUAACUUGGAAAACCUUAAUAGUUACACUUUAACGCCAUAAAUAGAACAGAGAAAACUUGCAUAACACUGCUGAAAAAUAUCUAAUUUUAAAUAUGAACCAAACCAGCUGUUUUCAAAUGAACCAAUGAGUAA